CUCCUACCAGCCGCCGUCCUGCUUCCGCGGAAGCCAUGCAAAGUCGAAAGUGAGCUGGCGGGAGACGCAUCGGAAGAAUACAGAGAGGCAGGCGCUAUGGCAGACCAGAGCCUGGAAAUGGCCUCUAUGAUUCCUGCCCUCAAGGAACUGGGCAGGGCUACUCCAGAGGAAUACAAUACAGUGGUACAGAAGCCAAGACAAAUACUCUGCCAGUUCAUUGAUCGGAUCCUUGUGGAUGUAGAUGUUGUGGCUUUGGAACUUGUUAAGAAAACCGAGUCUCAGCCAAGCUCGAUGAUGUUGCUUGAUUUUAUUCUGCAUAUCAUGAAGUCAUCCCCGCUUGUAUUUGUAAAUAUAACUGUACCUCAUCAACAAACUGUCACUGAUUCAAGCUGUAUUGAAUUUAGCUACUGGAUCACAGCAAGGCUUUUGAGAAUUGCUGCCGCCCCAAACUGCCAGAUUUUGCACGAGAACAUCAGUACUGUAGUUUGUUCCUUACUGUGCCUUUUCAAAGUCAAGAACUGUGCCAUAUUCGACUUACUGACGAGAGAAUUGCUGCAUCUUCUUCAAGAUCUUAUUUUACUCCAUGAAAGAAAUGCGGCGGUGCGCUUCCAGCAGGAUUCACUGAGCUGGCCUGUGACUGUGAAAAGGUUUUCAUGCAACCCCAAUGUACCCCUGGGUUCUUUAAGUUCUGUCCAACUACAGUUAACAGGCAUGAGCAAUGUAGAAUGCUUGGAGAUAGCUCUGAUGGGAAUUCUUACUGAGAUAGUGUCUUACGUGUUUUUUAAACCACAAGACGUGACUCUUUGGGCAACAGGGUGCGCCUUGUUGGAGUACGGUACUCCAAAAGUUAAAGUUUUGAGCAUGAAAUUCCUAACAGAAUUGGUGCGGCUAGGAGGGCCUCCAGAAGAGCUAGCCAGCAGUUUCUUCUCAGUUUUGGGGGGCAUGUUGCAGUUCCUCCUUGAAAUGGAUGCUGAAGAGCUGGAACUGUAUGAGGAACCCUUGUUAAUAUUGGUGAGAACCCUGUUUCCUUUCGAAACGCAUUCCUAUCGGGAAAUUGAGCCUCUUUAUCUAAACACACUCCUGGAGAAGCUCCAUGCGCUGUUUGAAGCUGAUGUGCUGAGGCUUCUUCAGUCUGAGAAGAUGAAAGGAGUGCUAUGCCACAUACUGCAGUAUUUCAUGAAGUUUGUGCCAGCUGGAUAUGAAUCUGCUGUUCCAGUUAGAAAGACCUGUAUUAACAGCAUCUGCAGAUCUUUUGUCGCGGUAGUUGGAAGCCAGGUGGAGCAGGAGUAUCUGCUGAGUCCGCUUUAUGCAGCCUUGAUGACAGCAGCAGAAGAGAUCAUUCAGGAGCUGCAGUGUAGCAAGAAUCCAGAGACAUCUGAUACUGAUGGAGGAAGCAGCAGUAGCAGUAGCGAUGAAGUUCCAGAAAAAAGACCACGUCUCAGUCUAUCCUUAAAGCAGCCUAAGAAGGCACCAGCUCCACCAGACCCCGGUCCUGUGAAUAUGAAAAUGAAGAGCACACUAUGGAGCGCUAUAAUCAAGAAAGUGGAAUCUCUCCUCUUGCUUUUGGAACAAGACCUUCUUCCGUUGGAAUUUCUACAAAGCAUAGAAGGAAUUGCUUUAAUAAUUCAACUAGGUGUCCUGUGCACAGUGCAUUCUACACAAAAUUUCAGCAGCAUACACCAUCAAGUUGGUUUACACAACCCUAAACAUAAUAAUACUGUUUGGCCUUCAGAAUCAGGGGAGCAUGUCCAGUUAACCUGGAUAUCAUCAGAAUUUAUCAUGAGAGCACUUAAAGCUUGUUGGAAGCUUUUAGAUCCUGCUUCACGCAUAGUUGACUUAGAACCAGUGAUUCAAAGAGUUGUGAAAAUAAUUGAUGCUUUACUUUAUAUGCAAGUAAAAAUCCAGCUUAGUGAUGAGAUUAUUGAAAAUUUACUUGGAAUACUAUGUCUGCCGUGGUUUUCCAGCUACUCCAGUGACCCUUCAUUCAAGUUAAGAAUUAAGUUGCCUGCACUUAAUUCAGAUCUUCUGGUAUUGAGUAAACAUACUUCAAGCCAUUUUUCACCUGAGAUUCAGUCGAAUUGCAUAUUUCUUCUCUCUCUGAUUCCACGAAGAUUAUUACAUCUGAAGUGGAGGGAUUCUUUAUAUCUUCAUACCCUGCAGAGUCCGCAUGAAAUUAUCAGAGCUAACUGUGUUAAAGGGUUUCCUUUCCUGUUACAGCAGUCAGAUGUAAAAUCCUCCACCACUUUGCUUGGAUCUUUCUUAGACCACAUAGGGGAUGAAUCUCUAUUAGUCCAAAAAGCUUAUGCCAGUAUCAUUGGAAAACUGGCUUGCUGUCUUUCUGGCAACUUCAGUAUAAGACCUUCCACAACUAAACCUGGCGUCGAGCCCCAAAGUUGUGACAUCCUCUGUAGCAAAGUUAUCGUGACUUCUUCCGAGCAAAUGUGUGCUGUAAGAGCAGAUGUCUUCAAGCCAUUUUUAAAUCUUCUUGAAAGCAAUGUAGCCAGUUCAGUAAAGCUUGUAUUAAUAGAGAACAUUCCUCUCCUUUGUAAACACCUGGACUUCAAAAAAGAUGAAUUAAAUGUAAAAGCUAUUGUUGGGGCUUUCUUAAAGCUAAUGGAAGAUCCUGACAAAGAUGUAAGAAUGGCUUUUAGUGGCUGCAUCAAAUACAUACUGGAUUCUUCAGACUCAGAGGAAGAUUUCAUUAAAGAGCUCUUCGUUUCGAGAAUGAAAGAAGCCUACACAAAUGCUAAAAUAUCAAAAAAUAGUGAGCUGAAGGAUACAUUGAUUCUCACAACGGGUGAUAUUGGAAGGGCAACGAAAGGGAGCUUGGUGCCCUUUGCACUCUUGCACUUGUUGCAUUGCUUGUUGUCCAAAUCGGCCUCUGUGGCUGGAGCAGCAUAUACAGAAAUCAGAGCUUUGGCUGCCACCAAGUCUAUAAAGCUGCAAGCCUUUUUCAGUCAAUACAAGAAACCAAUCUGUCAGUUUUUAGUGGAAUCUCUGCACUCCAGGCAGUCGGCCAUGAUUUCUAACACUCCCGGCCAAAGCAGCGAAGUACAGAAACAAGAAAUUGCUCAUCAGAGGGAAGCUGCCCUGGACAUGUUAUCUGAAAUUGCCAAUGUUUUUGAUUUUCCAGACCUCAAUCGUUUUCUCAGUCGGACUCUCCAAGUUCUUCUGCCUGACCUUGCUGCCAAGGCUAGCCCUGCAGCCUCCGUGCUUAUUCGAACGAUAGCGAAACAGCUAAAUGUAAACCGCAGAGAGAUCCUCAUUAACAACUUCAAGUACAUCUUCUCUCAUCUAGUCUGCUUCUGUAGUAAAGAUGAGCUCGAGCGAGCACUCCACUAUCUCAAGAAUGAAACCGAAAUUGAACUUGGAAGUUUGCUGAGACAGGACUACCAGGGAUUGCAUAAUGAAUUAUUGCUACGUAUAGGAGAGCACUACCAGCAGGUCUUCAAUGGUUUGUCGAUUCUGGCUUCAUUUGCCUCCAACGAUGACCCAUAUCAAGGACCAAAGGACAUCACCUCUCCUGAACGAAUGGCUGACUACCUGCAACCAAAAUUGCUGGGCAUCUUGGCCUUCUUCAACAUGCAGUUGUUAAGCUCCAGCAUAGGAAUUGAAGAUAAGAAAAUGGCCUUGAAUAGCCUGAUGGCCUUAAUGAAGCUUAUGGGCCCCAAACAUAUAAGUGCAGUAAGAGUGAAGAUGAUGACAACACUCAGGACGGGGCUGAGAUACAAGGAUGAUUUCCCCGAGUUGUGCUGCAGGGCUUGGGACUGCUUUGUGCGCUGCUUGGAUCAAAGUAACCUUGGCUCCCUUCUCAGUCACGUGAUAGUAGCUCUGCUGCCCCUCAUACAUAUUCAGCCGAAAGAAACAGCAGCCGUCUUCCAUUUUCUUAUCGUUGAGAACAGGAAUGCAGUACAGGAUUUCCUACAUGAAAUAUAUUUUCUGCCUGACCAUCCUGAACUAAAAGACAUUCAAGUUGUUCUUCAGGAAUAUAGGAAGGAGACUUCCAGGAGCACAGACUUGCAGACAGCGCUACAGCUCUCCAUGAAGGCUAUUCAGCACGAGAAUGUAGAUGUUCGGAUUCAUGCUCUCACCAGCUUGAAAGAAACAUUAUAUAAAAACCAAGAGAGGCUGAUAAAAUAUGCAACAGAUAGCGAAACUGUGGAGCCAGUUAUUUCCCAACUGGUGACUGCCCUUCUAAUUGGCUGCCAGGAUGUGAAUUCUCAUGCCCGGCUGCUUUGUGGAGAAUGUUUAGGUGAACUUGGAGCUAUAGAUCCAGGCAGGCUGGACUUCUCAACAAGCAACAACCAAGGAAAAGGGCUUACAUUUGUGACUGGUGUAGAAGAUCUAGAUUUUGCUUAUGGAUUAUUCAUGGAGUUGACAAGAGCAUUCCUUGCUUAUGCUGAUAACGUCCGGGCUCAAGAUUCUGCAUCAUAUGCCAUUCAGGAGUUGCUUUCUAUCUAUGAUUGUAGGGAGACAUCCACUGACAGCUCAGGAGGCAAGCUAUGGAAAAUGUUUCCUGAUCAUAUUCAGGAAAUAUUGGAACCUCAUUUAAGUACACGAUACAAGAGUUACCAGAAGGCCAUAAACUGGACUAAGGUUAAGAAGCCCAUUUACUUAAGCAAAUUAGGCAAAAAUUUUGCAGACUGGUCAGCAACCUGGGCUGGUUACCUUAUAACUAAGGUGCGACAUGAUCUUGCCAGUAAGGUUUUCAACUGCUGCAGCAUUAUGAUGAAGAACGACUUCAAGGUGACAAUCUAUCUCCUUCCCCACAUUCUUGUCUAUGUUCUUCUGGGAUGUAAUCAGGAGGAUCAGCAGGAGGUUUAUGCUGAAAUCAUGACUGUUCUGAAAAACGACGACCCUUUUGCAAGACAAUGCGAAGAUAGCGCUUCAGAUCUAAGCCACUUAAGCACGCAGACAAUAUUCUCCAUGCUUGAUCAUCUAACGCAUUGGGCUAGGUAUAAAUCCCAAAGGCUGAGUGCUGAGAAAGCUGCUAGGAAGUCAAAUAAGGACCAUGCAGAGCUCCAAGCACCAAACGAGGAAUAUGGAGAAUAUCAAAGCGUGGUCCGUUUUCUUGACCUCAUCCCUCAAGACACGCUGGCUGCAGCUUCUUUUCGCUCCAAAGCAUACACAAGAGCAGUAAUGCACUUUGAAUCAUUCAUCACGGAAAAGAAACAAAACAUUCAGGAGCACCUCGGAUUUCUUCAGAAAUUGUAUGCAGCUAUGCAUGAGCCUGAUGGCGUGGAAGGAGUGAGUGCAAUACGAAAGGCAGAGCCAUCCCUCAAAGAACAGAUCCUGGAACACGAAAGUAUUGGCUUGUUGAGAGAUGCCACAGCUUGUUAUGACAGGGCAAUGCAGAUGGAGCCUGACCAGAUAAUUCAUUAUCACGGUGUGGUGAAGUCUAUGUUAGGUCUUGGUCAGUUGUCUACUGUAAUCACUCAAGUGAAUGGAGUACUUGCAAAGAGGCCUGAAUGGACUUCUCAAUUAAACAUGUACAGAGUGGAGGCAGCCUGGAAACUGACACAGUGGGAUUCUCUGGAAAAUUACAUAGCUGCAGAUGAAAAGUCAAAUACAUGGAGUGUUAGGCUUGGACAGCUGUUACUCUCAGCAAAAAAGAAAGAUGCUGUCCGGUUCUGUGAAACUUUGAAAGUUGUUCGAGCAGAGCAGAUAGUUCCUCUUUCGGCAGCGAGUUUUGAAAGGGGGUCAUAUCAGCGAGGUUACGAAUAUAUUAUCAGGCUACACAUGUUGUGUGAGUUGGAGCACAGCAUUGGAUCAAUGCUUCAGCAACCUGAUAGUGAUCAUGGUAAAGAUUCUCUGAACUGGUGUGCUCGCAUAGAAAUGACGCAGAACUCAUACAGAGCUAAAGAGCCCAUUCUGGCACUGAGACGGGCUUUGCUCAGCCUCACUAAAAGAAAGGGUUACAGUGAGCAGAUGGGAGAAUGUUGGCUCCAAAGCGCUCGAGUCGCCCGUAAAGCGGGUCAUCACCAAACAGCAUAUAACGCCCUCCUCAAUGCUGGUGAAUCCAAGUUAUCUGAGCUAUAUGUAGAAAGAGCAAAGUGGCUGUGGUCCAAGGGGGACGCUCAUCAAGGUCUUAUCAUUCUCCAGAAGGGGGUUGACUUAUGUUUUCCAGAUAACCAAGUACCACUUGACGCUAAAAGUAAACUUAUUCACGGGCAAGCCCUGUUGCUGGUGGGAAGAUUUAUGGAAGAAACGGCCAACUUUGAGAGUAAUGCCGUAAUGAAAAAAUAUAAGGAUGUUACUACCUACUUGCCAGAAUGGGAGAAUGGACACUUCUACCUUGCUAAAUACUAUGAUAAAGUGAUGCCUACGGUAACAGAAAACAAGAUGGAAAAACAGGGAGAACUGAUUAAAUAUAUUGUUAUUCACUUUGGAAGAUCCUUACAUUUCGGAAAUCAGUUCAUCUAUCAGUCGAUGCCAAGAAUGUUAUCUCUGUGGCUUGACUUCGGAGCUAAAGCGUAUGAAUGUGACAAAGCUAGUCGUCAUGAUCGCGCACAAAUGAAAAACGACUUGGCUAAAAUCAACAAGGCGAUUACAGAGCACACCCAACUUUUGGCUCCUUACCAGUUUUUGACGGCUUUCUCUCAGCUGAUUUCCCGAAUUUGCCACUCCCAUGAUGAUGUCUUUGUUGUUCUUAUGGCAAUCAUUGCGAAGGUUUUUGUAACCUACCCUCAACAGGCAAUGUGGAUGAUGACUGCUGUAUCCAAGUCCUCCUAUGCAAUGCGUGUGAACAGAUGCAAGGAAAUCCUCAACAAAGCUAUUCACAUGAAGGCAUCUCUGGGAAAGUUUAUAGGGGAUGCAGCUCGCCUGACAGAUAAACUCCUAGAGCUGUGUAACAAAUCGGUUGAUGGGAGCACCUCCACAUUAAGCAUGAACAUUCAUUUCAGAAGUCUCAAAAAGCUGGUAGAGGAGCAGACGUUUAGUGAAAUCCUUAUUCCUUUGCAAUCGGUGAUGAUACCUACUCUGCCUUCGGCUCCUGGCACACAUUCUAAUCAUGAUCCUUUUCCUGGGUGUUGGCCUUACAUUGCUGGCUUUGGUGACACAGUUGAAAUCCUUUCCUCUCUUCAGAAGCCCAAGAAGAUUACUUUAAAUGGUUCAGAUGGGAAGUCCUAUAUCAUGAUGUGCAAGCCAAAAGAUGACCUAAGAAAGGACUGUCGACUCAUGGAGUUCAAUUCCCUGAUAAAUAAGUGCUUAAGAAAGGAUGCAGAGUCACGAAGGAGAGAACUCCACAUCCGAACCUACGCUGUUAUUCCUCUGAAUGAGGAAUGUGGAAUAAUUGAAUGGGUGAACAACACUGCUGGUUUAAGAAAUAUCCUGAUCAAAUUAUACAAAGAGAAAGGUGUCUACAUGACUGGAAAAGAGCUACGUCAAUGUAUGCUUCCGAAAACAGCACCUCUGUCGGAAAAACUGAAAGUUUACAAAGAAACUCUGCUUCCCCGGCACCCUCCGAUUUUUCAUGAAUGGUUUCUGAGGAAAUUCCCUGAUCCUACUUCCUGGUACAGCAGUAGAUCAGCCUAUUGUCGUUCCACUGCAGUGAUGUCAAUGGUUGGGUACAUACUAGGGCUUGGUGAUCGUCAUGGAGAAAAUAUUCUGUUUGAUUCCUUAACAGGUGACUGUGUGCAUGUGGAUUUCAACUGUCUGUUCAAUAAGGGAGAGAUGUUUGAUUUUCCGGAGAUUGUUCCAUUUCGCCUUACACAUAACAUGGUCAAUGGUAUGGGUCCAAUGGGGACAGAAGGUCUCUUCCGAAGAGCUUGUGAAGUUACACUAAGACUCAUGCGGGAUCAGAGAGAACCACUAAUGAGCGUUUUGAAGACUUUUCUCCACGAUCCUCUUGUGGAAUGGAGUAAACCAGUCAGAGGCAAUACAAAAACCCUAGUGAAUGAAACUGGAGAAAUUGUCAAUGAAAAGGCCAAGACCCAUGUUUUGGAUAUAGAUCAGCGACUUCAGGGUGUGAUUAAAAACAGGAAUAGAGUAAAGGGCCUGCCUUUGUCAAUUGAAGGACAUGUUCACCAUCUCAUUCAAGAUGCAACAGAUGAAAAUUUUCUGUGCCAGAUGUACCUUGGCUGGGCUCCGCAUAUGUGAACCUCUAGCAUUUACAAACGAGUUGCUGUAAAAAAAAAAAAUGGGGGGGGGGGGUUAGUUCAGGGACACCUGUUUUUCAUUUUAAAAAAAAACAUUUCCUAUCAUUUCUACUUUGGUAUUUUCUGCUAGCACAACUCUGUGUUUCAGUGUGUGAUUUUGUUUAUAUUCCAUAUUUGUAUAUAAAUGCCACUUGCAUUUGAAUAGCCAUUUAUACAGAUUAUUAAAGAGCUGAAACCUUUCAUUUUAAAAAGUU